GUUCUGAACAAUUCUUCGGGGUGCAAUGGGAACUCUAAGGGAACAAGUGCACACGGAACGUGGAGAAAAAGCUGUGCAAAAUAGGAAAAUGCACUCGCCACGAAGAAUGACCCCCUAAUGGACACGGCACGGGAGACGGACACACUACAGAGUCCUAAACACAGAUAUCUAAACUCUAAUUAUUAUUUUGUCUUUUAAAGAUUUUUAAUGGUUGCACUGCCCUUGACGCACAUUCCAUGAAGAAACUUGAAAAAAACCCUGCUCUAAGUACUAGAACUAAUAGAUGUUUAGGGGUUCAGGUAUUGGAAGUUUACUUCCGUAUGCUAUGCAAGAGGUAGCUGUUAUUCUUGCAGAAUUGGCGUCAUUCGUCCUUGCGUGACAGGCCUCGGGAGUGACGUGAGUUAUGGCCGAACCCAGCAGUUGGAGGUUCAAUUCCUCAGCCUAUGCCCGAUUUGUGAAAGAACUACCCUUGUCUGAAGACCAGGUGCUGCUGGAGUACGUGUACGUGGGCGAGGACGGGGAGAGUCUGGCCAGCAAAUGCCGCAGAGUGGACGCAGUGCCAGAGUCGCCGGACGACAUUCCAACAUGGACGUUUGCGGCCAACUUCCCCGUGGAGGACAGGUUCCUCAAGCCUGUAGCUAUCUACAAAGAUCCCUUCCGCCGUGGACCCCACAGACUUGUUUUAUGUGAGGUCUUUGCCAACGAUUGGACACCGGCCUGGUAAUCAAGUCUGCAAUGCCGGGCCUAGCAAAGACCCACCAAGAGUAUCUUCCCUUGUGUGACCCUCACGGCGGGGCCGACAACCAGGCCAGACUGAUGGGAUAUUUCUGCACGGCGCCCAAGGAGUUCACCUGGGGGGUAGAGGACCGAGAUGCCGCCGUGAG